AUGGAGAGGAGCAAGAAAGACCACAUUUAUGAAUCCAAGAAAAAGAAAGCUAAAGGCAGUAAAGCUUUGAAAGUGUCGAGUAGACAAAGGACUAAAGCAGCUGUGGAAGCAACUGAGAAGUUGCAGGUGUCAGAAGAGUAUGAUGCCUUUCCAAGUUGCUCAGGUGUUUCACCGACAAAAGGCAGUGUUGUGUGGGAAUACAAUCUACACUAUACUGUGGCUGAUGUACAGUCGUGUGCCAAAAUUCAGCCUCUGCGCGCAAAAAAGAAAGCUAAAGGCAGUAAAGCUUUGAAAGUGUCGAGUAGACAAAGGACUAAAGCAGCUGUGGAAGCAACUGAGAAGUUGCAGGUGUCAGAAGAGUAUGAUGCCUUUCCAAGUUGCUCAGGUGUUUCACCGACAAAAGGCAGUGUUGUGGAGUCUCUGGAGGACAUGGGUCUGUAUGAGGACGUGUCUGCAGCUCAGCAGUCCCAGCACCAGGAGAAGCAGGACGUGGAGAAGGCUCUGGCUCUGUUUGAAAGCACAGGGAGGAUCUCUGCCACCGUGAUGGAGGCCAGUAUUUUCAGACGGCCGUAUUUCUUGACCCGGUUCCUCCCGACUCUGCUGACUCCAAGAGCGAUUCCUGCCAAAGCCGACACUCGCAUCCAAUUCAUAGAAGCCCUAAAGAAAGCAGAUAAGAUUCCUUGGGCUCAGUUCUCUGCGUAUGAGGCGUCGUGUGAAAAGGAGAAGCAGAAACUCAGAGUUUCAGAUUCUCACCACAGUCCUGUCCACGCCCUGAAGACUCACCUCAGCUCCAUCAGAGACCUGCUCCUGUCCAACGACCACACGGAUCUGUCGGCGCAGCUGUCCCUGAUGUCCCACAGCCUGAGUCUCCUCUGUCCCUCCUCCUCCUCCUCCUCCUCUGGCCCUGACGUGGUCCAGCUCCACACAGACACACCCCCCUCUGAGCUGCACCUCCAGGUGGUGGACACGGUGCUAAGAAGCUUCUGUCAGUGUGUUCUGGACACAUCCAAACACCAACCCACAAGACACUUCCCGUGGGCCUCCAGGUUCGUGUUGGCGCUGACUGAGAACAGAGCUGUUUUCUCGUGUCUCGUGCACAGACUCUGGGACCUGCUUCAUAACCAGGGGUCCUCUCUGGGUGCGGCUCAUGUCUUGGGGCUGGCAGUCUUCCUGAUGCACCUGCACUCAUCCUCCUCACACUGUCCCCUGGUGGCGCUGCAGGGUACUGCUCCUGUGUGUGUGACUGAGGCUCUGUGCUCCGGGCUGCGCUGUGACUCCAGCUCUCACAUGCUGUUCAGCCUCAGGUUCUGUCUGGUCGCCGUGUGUUACGUCAUGUGCAGAGAAGAUGAGGCUCUAGAUCGACUCAUCCCAACAAACAUGUGCAAGAAGCUUCUGUUCCUUGUCCCGCGGUGGCUGCCUCUCGCUCGCUCCUCGGUCUCCUCGGUGUCCUCGGUCUCCUCGGUGUCCUCGGUCUCCUCUGUACGUGGGGAGUCUGUGGGGUCACUUCCUGGUUCUUGGACCAGAGCCACAGAAGAAGAAUCGUCCUGGAGGAACACAGCUCUGAGCGUGUGGAGAAACCCCGCCUUCUGCAGCCUCCAGCUCCAACCACAGUUCCAGUUAUCGUUUUCAGAAUGGCUCCUGCAUGAGUUCCAAGUCCAGGGAGGGGACGCUCUGUCUGCGGCUGAACGGCAGCAGUACCAGGACUGGGUCUUCAUGGAACUGUUCUUACCGAAGCCGGAGCAGGAGGGAGGCUUUGGGGGAGACACCAGCGCCCUCUGCUGCCGCCUCCUCACCGCCGUCCUGGACAAUGCUGUGGACGAUGGGGAUCUCUACAACAGCGCUUUUCUCCCAGACAUCAUCUCCAGGUUACAGACAUGUGUGUAUGAGGAGUGGUUGUCAGCCUCCUCACACAGACCACGCUUGUCUCGUCUCGUGUUUGAGCUUCUGUCACAGCGUCUCUCCUCCUCGCCCCACUCUGAGCUCGUGCAGCAGCGCACUCUGCAGAUGUGGAACAGGGUGAUGCUGGCGCUGCCUGUCACUUUCUUCCUCCAGUCAGCAGCAGAGACCGGUCCACCGUGUGACCUCCUCAUCGCUCACAUCAACCAGCACCAGAGACAGAGAGCAGUGACCAGUGCAGACAGUGUGAUGCUCUGUGACAUCACAUCACACUUCCUGAAAGGAGUGUUGUGUGCUGGUUCACACAGUCGACAGGAGCAGAACUGUGACUGGUUCAACAAAGUCUGGUCCCAGAUCAGCUCUGAGUGCCCCCUGCUCCUGGUCUCCUCCAUGUUCUGGUGGGGCCGUGUGUCUCUGUCCCUGUGCUCUCUGUGGUCACAGUUUCCUCGUCAGUUCCAGUCUCUGUCUCAGUGUCAUCUUUGGGCCCAGAGUGUUGUGCGUGGGCAGAUAGAGCCCGCCCCCUCGGCUCCGCCCCUACAGCUGGCAGCGGCUCUAUACCGAGCUCUAACCCACUGUGAGAGUCAAACUGAUGGGUUUGUAUCAGCGCUGAGACAGGAGGCAGGCACAGAGGUGAUACUUUUCCUCUUCUCUCUGUUUGUGAAUCGUUUCCUGAGCUUCCUACUGUUUCCUGAGAGAGACGUGUGCUCCGCUGGUACCUGUGCUGCUCUGCUGGUGGAGCUGGUGGACUCUCCUGAUUGGCUGAGCAUCUUCAGAGCUGACGAGUCAGGAGUUUAUCGAAUGUUACUGUCAGAGGAGGCCAAUAGACUCAAGCCCUGGGCCUUUUACAGCCUGUUGUGUGUCAGACCUCAGACCCCUCAGACCUCAGAGUUCUGGUCCAGAUUGUUGUGUUGUCCUGGUUUCAUCCACACCGCUGUGGUCUGCUACAUCAGCCUCAUGGGUCUCUAUGUAGACGGACACACAACUACACACAACCAGAUGGAUCCUCGGGUGGAUCCUCGGGUGGAUCCUCGGGUGGAUCCUCGGGUGGAUCCUGCAGAUCUCUUGGUCCAAAGUAAAAAGCUGUUGUUACGAUGUUUGUCUCAGACGCAGAGUUCAGCGCUGUCCUCGUCCCAGAGUCGACAGCUGCAGGAGCUCUGUGCUGAUGUGGACCCUGAAGUCGCAGCUGCCCUGAGUCACUUUCACAGUCGGAGCCUCAGCCCAGACUUCCUCUGA